UCACGGUCUCUGAUGAUGUUAUCGGGGAGGCCGUGGUAGCGAGCGACAUGGUCGAAGAAGAGUGUGGCGACAUCUUUGGCACUGUGCGAGGUUGUGCAAGGGAUGAAGUGGGCAUGUUUGGUCAAGCGGCAGACAAUGACGUAGAUGCAAUCAUGCCCGCGGUUGGUCUUGGGGAGGCCGCACACGAAGUCCAUGGAGAUGGACUGUUACCGGAUGGAGGAGACGAUGGUGUUGUCAGUGCGGAUGGUGAAGUAUUGUCCGUCGAGGUACGGGCGCCAGACUGUGAGGGCGUGAAUCACGGCGAGGAGUUCCUUCUCGUUGGAGGGGUAAUUCAUCUCCGCGGGAAGGAGCUUCUUGCUUGCGAAGGCGAUAGGGUAUUCGCCAGGUGGAGCCUCGGGGUGAGUGGACGAGUCCUUGAUGGGGGGGGUCUCGGCGGUGUCGCGGGGGAAAUGUUGGGACAAUACGGCUCCGAUGGCAAAGUCGGAGGCGUCAGUAAUGGGGUAGGCGAUCUUGAGGACAGGGGCCGUGGUGAUGGUUUGCUUGACGGAGACAAUAUGGCCGAGGUAUUCGACGCUCAAAGUGGCAAACGUACAUUUGCUGAGCUUGGCGUAGAAUUUUUGCUCUCGGAGGAUCGCGGGGACUUGGCGGAGGUGCUGAAGGUGGGACUCGAAGGUGGGGCUGAAGACAAGGAUGUCAUCAAGGUGGACAACGACACAGACUUCGAGGAGGUUGCGGAAGAUGUGGUUCAUGGUGGAUUGGAAGGUAGCGGGGGCAUUGGCGGUGUGCUGGAUGCGCCGGAUGAGGGAGGAGGUGGAGGGAACGGAAUGAUGGUGGGGAUUGAGGGGUUGGUGGAUAUGGCGGUAGAGGUGGUAGGAGUGGAGGAGGUCGGCGGGGGGGUGUUGCUAGAGGCCGCUGUGGAGGAGGGAGUGGUUUGCGCAGUGGAGGUUGGAGUGGUUUGCAUUAUGGGGGUUGGAGUGGUUUGUGCGGCGGUGACGACCGUGAUGGAGGGGGUGGUCCCUUCGAGCGUGGUGACGCGGUCGCAUAUGGACGACAUGUUGGACUUUAUGUCGUCGAGAGAGGCGGUGACGGAGGUUCGCAGGGUGUUUAGUGCGUGGAGGAUGGCGGAGAGGUCGAGGGUGGCGGUGUUUGUUGGUGGUUGUUCGCCUGCGAGGUUGCGAGCGAUGCUAUCAACUUAGUCGGUGCGGAUGUCAGACAUGUUGAUGGAGGAUGCGGCCAUGUCAGGGGAAGAGGGGGUGGAGGACGUGGCCUGAACGGGUGUGGAAGAUGCCGCGGCAGCGGUGGUGGCGGCGGCAGCACGUUGGGAGUUCUUAGUUUGGCGUGGUGGCAUGUGGAGGGUGGGGGGAGAAUCCCUUAUUUAUUUAUUAAUAAAUUCAAAAAUAAAGAUAAUCCGCAAAUUCAAAAAUAAACCCUGAACAGAAAGAGUUAAUUAAUUUCGAAAAAAUAAAUUCUCAUUUAGAUA